GGCCCAGGCAAAGCCCACUUUUAUCGAUCGGUUGAUUAGAUUAGAAAAAUCGCGCCACUACGCUCCAAAAUUCUGAGCGAGCGGCAGCUCUCUCUCUCUCUCUCUCUCUCUCUCUCUAGGGCGGGCCGCAGCGUUUUUCAUCGGGAAAUUAUCAGAGAAGGUGAUCGACGACGGAGAUUAACCUCCGGCGACGAAGGCGGAGUCGGAACGGGAGAAAGUUCUGACGGUUUGUUCGCAAUUCCAUGCCUCGUUCGUCUCGGACAGCGUCGCGCACGGACUCCGGCACCGCCGAGUCCGAGAAGAUGGAGGGCGCCGGGAGCUGGGACGUUCUCGACUGGACGAAGAUCGAGCCACUGUCGAGGUCUGUCUCUCGUGUGCGUCACGACUUCUUGCUCGAAGCCGAGGAAGUCAUAGUGGAGGGAUAUGGUGUAGUUCUUGUUAACACUGAUGAGGCCGGUACCUUACUAGUGACCAACUUCCGUCUUCUCUUUUUGAGUGAGGGGACGGGGAACAUCAUUUCACUUGGCACAAUUCCACUUGCAACAAUAGAGAAGUUUAGCAAAAUCGCUGCGAAAGGUCAAUCUACACCACGUCAAUCUGACAAGAUUCCAUCUGGACGACUUCUCCAGGUUAUUGGCAAAGAUAUGAGAGUGAUUGUUUUUGGUUUUCUUCCUCGAACUAAGCAGAGACGUGCAGUCUUCGAUGCAUUAUUGAGAUGUGCAAAGCCAGCAAGAUUAUCCGAUAUUUAUGCUUUUAUUGCGGGACCUUCCAAAUUCAAGAAUACAAGCCCGAAGUUGCGUCUGCUGAACGAGUAUUUUCGGCUUGUUGAUAGACACUACCACCGAGCAUCAACUAAUAUGAUUGAAGAUGGUUCCUUCACCUUGUCCAAUGAGUUGUGGAGAAUUAGUAAUGUAAAUUCCAAGUACACGAUGUGCCAGAGUUAUCCUUUUGCUCUGAUUGUUCCAAAAUCUAUUAGCGAUGAGGAAAUACUUCAGGCUUCCUCGUUUCGUGCAAGAUGCCGUUUGCCAGUAGUCUCAUGGUGUCAUCCAAGGACGGGGGCAGUCCUAGCGCGAUCAUCCCAACCCUUGGUUGGUCUUAUGAUGAACAUGAGGAGCAACAUGGAUGAAAAGCUUGUCGCUGCACUCUGUGCCCAGCUUGGUGGUGCCAAGGGGACACGGAGGAAAUUGUACAUUGCAGAUGCAAGACCAAGAAAAAAUGCUUUGGCUAAUGGUGCAAUGGGAGGUGGCUCAGAGUCAUCUUCUAACUAUUUCCAGUCUGAGAUAGUUUUCUUUGGGAUAGACAAUAUACAUGCCAUGAGGGAUAGCUUUGCUCGGCUUAGAGAAUAUUUGGAUACUCAUGGAGCAGCUUCAUCAGAUGGAAUGUCAUCUUUCCUGAGACAUGGUGGAUGGACUUGGGGUGGUGGCAAUCUUAGCAGCAUGUCUGCUUCAGUAUCAACUCUUGGCGACAGUGGUUGGUUGAUACAUGUCCAGAGUGUCUUGGCUGGGUCUGCAUGGAUUGCUGCACGUGUUGCUCUGGAGUCGGCCUCCGUGCUUGUGCAUUGCAGUGACGGUUGGGACAGAACAACUCAGUUGGUUGCACUGGCCAAUUUGUUGCUUGAUCCGUACUAUAGGACAUUCGCAGGGUUUCAGGCACUAGUUGAAAAAGACUGGCUAGCGUUUGGACAUCCAUUUUCAGACCGUAUUGGAAUGCCAACUGUAUCUGGAAGUGGGGGCAUGUUAUUUGAAUUAUCUAGGCAGUCUUCCACUGGGAGUUUCUCUUCAUCUCCUGUGCGCCAGCCUUCAGGAACAUAUACACCUCAAGCUCCUGCCUCUUCACAUAACCAAACUUCAAAUAAUUACUCUCCCAUAUUUCUUCAGUGGGUUGACUGUGUUUCCCAGUUGUUAAGGAUGUAUCCGUUUGCUUUCGAGUUCUCCUCAGCCUUCUUGGUGGAUUUCUUGGAUUGUGUGCUUUCCUGUCGGUUUGGGAAUUUUCUAUGUAAUAGUGAGCAGGAGAGGCAGAUUUGUGGUACUUCAGAACUCUGUGGAUGCAUCUGGGAAUAUUUAGCUGAUUUGCGUGCUUCUGGGGGAAAAGCUCACGUGCACUAUAACCUGUUUUACGACCCAACUAAACACAAUGGACCUCUAUUGCCUCCAGCUGCAGCACUAGCCCCGACAUUGUGGCCCCAAUUCCAUCUUCGAUGGGCUUGCCCCUUUGAAGCCCAAGCUGGAGAACUUGAAGGACAGUGUAGAAACAUGGCUCUUAAGUUCUCUGAACUACAGAAGGCAAAGGAAAUAGCAGAAAGGAAAGCGAAAGAAGUUACCGUGGCUGUUGAAUCCUUGACAGCUGAGUUACAGAAGGAGAAGCAGCUGAAUACCUCUGCUGUUCACUUGGCCAAGAAAGCCAGCAAAGAAAACGUGGCAAUCAAGCGCGCUAUAGAGUCUCUCGGAUGCAAGGUACAUUUCUCUAGCUCCGGUGACUGCACUGUUGACAUUGAGAACUACCCACUACCAAACCCUAGGUCAAUUAAACAGCCCUCGACAAAAAGCGUGUCUGAUUGUGAAGAGAAAUCGGACCUCUCAGUGUCUAUCACAGUUGUAGCCGAUGAUAUUAUUUCUGAUACCUCAGUUAGCAGCCGAGUGUGUGAAACCUUGUGCCCAUUUCGGCCACGGGAUGGAGGGUGCCGCUGGCCAGAUGCGGGUUGUGCUCAGUUUGGUAGUCAGUUUGUUGGAUUAAAGGCCAACUUCGAUGCAUUUGAUCGGCUGUCCAUCUAUGAUAGCUACUUUGACUCCGAAAAGAGGUAAGACUUUGGAGUCUCAAGCUGGUGUUAAGAAGAGAUUUGGUGUAUAUUACUUUUUGGAGCUUAGAGUCAUUAUUUAUAGAGGGUACCGGAUAGGCCCAGCCUUUUUGGGAUGGUUUGUGGAAUUUGUACAGCAAGCUGAGGGAAGGGGUGCUGAUAUCUGAAUGAGUUCUGAGGGAGCAUCAUUGUGCUGAUGGAAGUAAGGGUGACAAGGUUCGUGUGCCCCUCGGGUUAUGUAUGGUUUAUCGAUGUGAUAUAUUACCCAUUCAUUUUCAGAAUAACAGGUCAGCGGGUGUGCACAAGAUCCAUAAAGCAUUACUCGCAGUCCCCAAUUUCAAAAUCAUGUAGUGGCUCGUGUAACAAUUGCAAUUUUGAUAGUGAAAUACUGGAGCAAGACCUAUUCUUUGA